AACCGAGCCGUCCCGACCAAUCAGAGCGCGAGAUCCCCGCUCACGUGACGGUGUUUUUAUGUAACGAACGUGCGUCUACGGGUGAAGUCGGUGGAGGACCGCGGCGGCCGUAGAAAUGCGUAGACACGCUAACGGAAGAAACCCUAAAUCCACGUAACAUUUCGUCUUUUCCUCAACCCGACGCCACGAUGUCGCUCCGGCCGCCAGCGGAGGACGCGCAGGAGGCGAGAAGCUCCUUCUUCAUCGGCGCCCGCUCCUCGGACGACUCGGAGGAGCGCGAGCGCCAUCCGCUCAUACUGCAGAAAGCCAACGCGCUGGCGUCGGGCAACUGCCUGAAAGAAGCCAUCGACUUGUUUUCGGUGGCCAUGCGGUACGGCUCGGUGCUGCCCGAGCAACUGGGCACCUUGGUGGACUGCGUCCUGCGCAACUUCAAGACCAAAGCCGCCGGGCCGGACUCGCCUCCGGGUCGCGGUCGGCACGCGGAGGAGAGCCGCCGCGGGGACGACGCGUUCGACUGCCCCAACUGUCGCGGCUUUCUGGGGGAGCCCGUGACGACAGGCUGCGGACACUCGUACUGUAAGCGGUGUCUGCAGCGGGGGCUGCUCGCCAAGUGUAAGCUGUGCGGCGGGGCCGUCGGCGGCGAGGAGAAAGUGAACGUGGUUCUGUGCGGACUCUUGGAGAAGUGGUUCCCCGGCGAGCUGGAGAGGUCGAAAACGCUGUGCAAAGUGGACGAGCUGUGUAGGAGGAGGCGCUACCACGAAGCCGUGUCGUUAGCAACCGAUGCUAUUCAGUCUGAUCCAGAGUCGGCGGCCGGGGCCCGACUGUCCCGGGCCGAGGCGUACAUGGCUCUCAAACUGUACCGGCUGGCUUUGGAGGACACAGAAUUCAACUGUUCUGCGGAGGCUUUGUUUAGGAAAGCUAUGGUGCUGCAUGAGAUGGGCCGAGUGGACGAGUCCCUCCAAGUCUUCCUCCACUGCCUGGCUGUGGACAAGGACUUCCCUGGUGCUAAGAGACGAGUGGAAAAGAUCCUGUGCGACUUGCUCUCCCCCGCUGAUGAGAAUGUCAAGGUCGGCCUGAGGGAGACGGCACAGAACACGUCCCCUCACUUGCGUAAUAAAACCCCGGUGACCGACGCUGAAACUCAACCGCCGAGCCCGGUCCAAAGACAACACCUGCUCCGCGCCGCCUCCGCACACGACCACCUGGAAAGCCUCGAGAAGCGGUGGGAAAGCCUGGAGCGGCCGGGUCUCAGCAGAACUCACUCGCUUCGGGCGCACGGAUCGAGCUGUGGCGAGGAAGGACUGAAGAGAGUCUGCUCGGCCCCUCAGCUGGGGGACCAGGACAAGGGGAGCCUGCUGAAGAGGAAAUUGUCUGUGUCGGACUCGGAACAGUAUGUCGCUGCCAGUGGAAGUAAUAAGCUUAAAAAACAAGGCAUCGCAAAAGGCUCCAAGCAAAAGGCCGCCAAAGCUAAGGCCCCCCGAAGUGUCCCUGAGGACCUGCUGGACCCCAACGACUUGGAGUGCUCUCUCUGCAUGAGGCUGUUCUAUGAGCCUGUCACUACGCCAUGUGGCCACACCUUCUGUAAAAAGUGUUUGGAGCGCUGCUUGGACCACACGCCCCAGUGUCCGCUCUGUAAAGAGAGCCUGAAAGCGUAUCUAGCAUGUAGGAAUUACAUGGUGACCACCGUCUUGGACAUGCUGAUCAAGCAGUACUUGAGUCAGGCGUAUGCAGAAAGGACUAAAACGCACCUGGAGGAAGCCAGGGAGCUUUCUGAUCUGACAAAGAACGUGCCUAUCUUUGUGUGUACCAUGGCCUACCCCACCGUGCCUUGCCCCCUGCACGUCUUCGAACCACGGUACCGCCUCAUGAUCCGCCGCUGCAUGGACACGGGCACGCGGCAGUUCGGGAUGUGCAUAAACGACCCCCAGAAAGGGUUUGUAGAUUACGGCUGCAUGCUCACCAUCAGGAGUGUCCAUUUCCUCCCCGACGGACGAUCAGUAGUGGACACCAUCGGAGGGAAGCGCUUCCGCGUAGUGUCCCGAGGAAUGAAGGAUGGCUACAGUAUUGCUAACAUCGAGUACUUGGGUGACACGAGAGUUGAGAGCAGCGAUGAGCUACAGAGACUACAAGAGCUGCACGAUGCAGUAUAUGAGCAGGCCCGCGUCUGGUUCCAGAACCUCAAGAUCCACUUUCACAACCAGAUCCUGCAGCACUUUGGACCAAUGCCGGAACGAGAAGCUGACAUCCAGGCAACACCUAACGGUCCAGCGUGCUGCUGGUGGCUCCUGGCUGUUCUGCCCAUCGACCCGCGAUACCAGCUCUGCGUGCUCUCCAUGAGCAGCCUCAAAGACCGCCUGGUGAAGAUCCAGCAAAUCCUCACAUAUCUGCAGAGCAUCCCCAACCACUAGAGCUUCCUUUUCUCAUCACCACACACAUCCUUUUGGACUUAAAUGACAUUCAAGCAACCCUGUUUUGGAUUCUUCCGCCAUUUGACAUCUUCUUUUUUGAACUCUUGUUUUUUACAUCCACAAGACAGUUCUUUAUUGAAAAAAAGCCUACACAAGAUAAAACAAAGUCCUUGAACCGUGGAUCACUGAAACCAGAGAUGUGGCCAAACCACCUCAGGGAUAAUUCCACUAAUGCAAUUUUCUUUUUUGUGACAUUCAAAAAUGAUUCAUGAAAUAAGAGAUGUAUGACAGCAACUAUUUUCUAAUUUCAUAAGAACAUCCAUGAAUUACCUCGUUGAAAUAAGAAGAGCAGAUUCUUGGUGGCUGCCGUUGAAUGUGCUGAUAGAGUAGAGUAACAAUCCAUCUCUUGUGUACCGUCUUGAAGGCUCGUACGUGCAGCGCUGAGGUGAGAACAUUAUAGUGGCGUUGAGUCAUCUCUGUCGAGAUCUUUUGAAAAAGUUUUUAAUUGUUCUCGUUGUGUUUUGGCUGCUUCUAAGAUUUGUGUUACUAUGGAGGAGGGCGGAGCGGAUUCUGUGAAACUAGAUCCUAAAUGCUGAAAGUCCCAAAAAAAAAGUGAUCGCAGAGGUUUAGCUGAACCAUUUUUGAAAGGAGAUUUUUACAAAACCAAGUGCAACUUAAGGCCUGUGCGUGCGUGCGUGUGUGUGUGCACCAAACUCUCCCGUAAGUAUUAAUCGAUAUCUUCCGAGCAUCGCGUUCUUUCUAACUCACUUGUCCCACGUGCUCGACUUCCAUCGCUGCCUCCUAGUAGUGGCAAGGACGUCGUUGUUGAAAGAAUGAGGUCUGUGUUUCUUCCCAUCGUUUCCCACUUUGAGUUUCUCCAAAGUUGUCAUGCAAAUAUUUAUUCCACCUGACUCCGAGGUUCUUAAAUGCUUUUCUUCCUCUCAAAACUAACCUCGAAUCGUACGCACUGUCUUCCAAACCGUUUUGUUUGAUGAGGAGCUUUGGAGAUCCUGAAGUGUUGAAGGUCCAGCGCUUCUGUCCAUGUGCUGUUUGGCCUUCCUUUUUGAACCAAAACACCCCGCUGCCCGUUACGUCCACUUAUACCGAAUUAAUAUAAAAGUAAGAAUACUAGUUGUACUUUCUUCCCAUGUGAUUGUAUGAGAGGUGUGCAGGGGUUCCUUCAAUAAUGUGACAAAUGGAAACCAGACAUAAACGACGUGUGUAUUCAACAUGGUGGGUUCAUUCACAGCGGAUAUUUGUCUACUUGGAGGACUUGACUUGCGGUGCUUGACACGGGACUGCGUUUGCCUUACACCAUUUUGCAUUGUGAUUUAAACUACACGAUACGUUGGCUUUACUACCAUUCCUUCUUGCCACGGUGAGACGUAUGCAUUUUUGUUCUGAGCUUUAGGCACCAUUUUUUUCCCAAUGUGUAUAAAUACAUGUUAAAGAAACGUGAUUCAAGUCAAGGCCGUUCUAUAUGUAAAUCAUCUGUAAAAUUGCUCUUUGGACGGAUGUUUAAGUUAUCAAUUUUCAAUAAUAAAUGCACUUCUUUUUUCAACUUUA